GGAAGAGGAAGAGGAGGAAAACAAAAGAGGAAGAGGGCAAGGAGGAAGAGGAGGAGGAGGAAGAAAGAGAUGGGGUAAAUGAAGAGGAAGAGGAGGGGGAAAGGGAAGAGGAAGAGGAAGGGGAAGGGGAGAGAAAAGAGGAAGAGGGCAAGGAGGAAGUGGAGGAGGAGGAAGAGAGAGAUGGAAAUAGAAGAGGAAGAGGAAGAGGAGGAAAACAAAAGAGGAAGGGAAGAGGAGGAGGAAGAAGAGAAAAAUGGGGCAAAUGGAAGAGGAAGAGGAGGAGGAAGAAGGGAAGAGGAAGGGGAAGAGGAAAACGAAAAGGAUGAGGAAGAGGAGGGAAAGGAAGAGGAAGAGGGCGAGGAGGAGGAGGAAGAGAAGGAUGGGGUAAAUGGAAGAGGAAGGGGAAGAGGAAGGGGAAAGGGAAAGGGAAGAGGAAGAGGAAGGGGAAAGGGAGAGAAACAAAAGAGGAAGAGGGAGAGGAAGAGGAGGAGAAAGAAGAGAGAGAUGGAAAUGGAAGAGGAAGAGGAGGGGGAAGAAGAGCAAAAUGGAGGAGGAAGAGGAGGAGGAAGAGGGCAAGGAGGAAGAGGAAGAGAGAGAUGGGGUAAAAGGAAGAGGAAGAGGAGGAGAAAAAAGGGGAAGAGGAAGAGGGAGAGGAAGAGGAGGAGGAGGAAAACAAAAGAGGAAGGGAAGAGGAGAAGGAAGAAGAGAGAGAUGGGGCAAAUGGAAGAGGAAGAGGAGGUGAGAAAGAUGGAAAUGGAAGAGGAAGAGGAGAAAGGAGGAAGAGGAAGAGGAGGAGGAAGAGAAGGAAGAUGGGAGAGGAAGAAGAGGAGCAAAAUGGAAGAGGAAGAGGAAGAAGGGCAGAGGAAGAGGAGGAAAAGGAAGAGGAAGUGGGUAAGGAGGAGGAGGAGGAAGAGAGAGAUGGGGUAAAUGGAAGAGGAAGAGGAGAAAGGUGGAAGAGGAGGAGGAAGAAGAGAAAAAUGGAAGAGGAAGAGGAGGAGGAAGAGGGAGAGGAAGGGGAAGGGGAAGAGGAGGAAAACAAAAGAGGAAGAGGAGGAGGCAGAGGCGGAGCGCAGUACGGACG